GCGAUUGCAUUUCAAUAUGGCGAACCGCGACAAAGGACGCAGAAAGCGGGGAGGAUUUUCACAAGAAUCAAUGACUUCUCAAUUAGAGAAGGAAAAAUUGGCAGGGUUACGUGGUGGAACAAAUAGAGCACCUCAGGCCUUAUAUAGACCAGGAAGUGGCCCUUUACGUAAAUCAAGCAGAUCUAACAGCACCACUGAUGAAUAUGAUAAUGAAAAUGGCUCGCAAGAAAAAUCCAGAUUGACCUCCGUCCAGUAUCGUUCGAGACAGUCACAACCUAAUAGAGCAAAUCAGAUACAAAAUAGUCCACCUUUGUCACAAAUCGACAAUGUAGCUGAAAAAUUGGACAAUACCCAUAUUAACUACAGAAAUAGCAGCAAUAACGAAUCAGUACGAAGCACUGGUAACAACUCUGGUGGAGGAGCAGGUAGAAAUGAUCCAAAAAAGAAAAAUAGGAAACCUGAACAGUUGCUAUAUGUACCAAAAAAAGUAAAAGAAGCACAGGACGGAACUAGCAGGUCUCCUAGCCAUGUUGCAUGGGAACAAGAGAGAGAAGAAAGUAACGAUCGCGAUUCACAUUCAAAUCGUAAUCAUAGAAGCGAUCGCAAUCGCGCGAGUAAUUACACCAUGCGAGACAAUGAGAGUGAAGGCAGAGGUAAAGAUGACACUAGUAAACGAUAUUCGGGUAAUCCUCGACAUCGUCAUGCAAAUGAGAAUGAAGAACGGUGUUAUUGGCGAUCCGAAUCGCCGGUAUCUGCUAGAAACUGUGCAAAUCGUAAGGAUAAUUCACGUGAAGUUAGACAGGGGUCGGAACCUUUAUCUUUGACCAAUCAGAAUGAUUUUAAUCGUACACGAGAUACUCGCAGUGUAGAGCCUGUUGGGCAUUUAGAUAAGUUUCAAGGAAAGCCACCAUCAGGCCGACGUAAUACAAAAGAUAGUUUGUCAAAAAAUAUCAAGUUAGAUUUGUUGCCACCACGAUUACAAAAGAAAUAUCUCCUUGAUAAUGGAUAUGCAUUACCUAGUCCAGGUACGUCCACAGAGGACUCCUGGAAUGGUAGCAGUAUUACAUUUCAGGGUUUGUCUAGUUAUAAUUAUCCAUCAUCAAUACAGCAUUCACAAACGAUGCAAAAUCUGCCACCAUCUGGGUUGUUGCAAUCCCCGCAAUCUAAUUGGACUAACACUGUUCCAACGAGAAGCAGAGGUAGAGGUAGGCUUAGACCUGAGGAACUUGAGGGUUCAGCCGGUAGUAUAUUUAGGCCUGUUACACCUGACCAAUAUUCGGCUCCAAGUUCCAGAUCUCAUACUCCUAGCCAAGAAUACAUGAAUCGGUCUUACGAUCGCCGUGGUAGUAAUAGCACUAUGUAUACAAGUAUGGAAAGCUUAAGUCGUGCUGAUAGCGUAAUGAUGCCUCCGCCUUCAUCUGCAUCGCCUGCAACUUCGCGAUCAAAUUCAAACAGAGGACACAGAUCACCCGAGAAUCAUCGCAGAGGAGCAAUAUCACCAAUAGACGAUCGCACUAGUAACAUGCAAAGAACAAUCACCAGUAGCGCCUAUGAACACAAUUCGAAUAUGGACAAGCAGAAUAAUCAACAAAACACGAAUUUUAUUUCUAUGAAAAGCGAGUCAUAUAACAAAUUAUUUUAUACCACAUCUGACGCAUUUGAUUGGAGUGAAGAAGUUGAAUUAAAUGAAAAGUUAGAACAAGAACAUUUGAGUCGUAGUUCAUCCGUAUUAAGCAUACGGGAAAGCACAAGUGUGCCUCGAAAUCAGGCCACAGGCGAGAGUCACAAGCGACGUAAAAAAAAAAAACGUGAUAAAUAUCGUGAUACUGAUCGUGGCAGUAGUCGAGAUAAAGGACGAGGUGACAGCCGCGAACGUCAGAAAAAUCAACAGAAUAGAGAGAAUGAUAAUUAUAACAAUAAUCAAAAGAAUAAUAACAAUAAUAGUAAUAGUAAUAGGAGAUAUGAUCACAGGAAACGUAAUAUUAUUCAACGUAGUCGAGAAUCGAGUAAAGACAGAAAUUAUGGUAGCAGCUAUAGAAACUUUGAUGAUCUUCAUAGACGCAGAACUGAUAGAUACUUAGAUGAAGAUUGGAGAACAGGUAGAAAGAUAUCGACUUGCGAGUCGGAUGACGGGAGACAAACUCCUAAAGUUUCUUCUCACACCACUCCACUGUCGAGUAUGAAUUCGAACUCGACAGUACACCGAUCGUCACCGACGGGGUAUAGUAAUGCCCCGGGUGUCUUGAUCUUGCCUAACGAGACUAGUCAGUCAUCUCCUAAUCAGACAGCUACAACUUCUCAACAAGGAUCCGGGCAGCAACAGCAAAGGACGCUGUUUGAUCCCAAUAAUCCACAUAAACCUAUUGUUAUUACUUCACCUGGAAGUAGAGCAGCUGUUCAAAGGGAUAGUGACAUGCAAGUCUCAAGCGUUCCAGUAUUUCAAUCUAAUGUAGGUAUCACAUCGCCACAUUACUCUUUUCAUGGUGUCCAAUUGGACGGUAUGCCUCCACCAUACAUGAACGAUCAAAUCGGAAAUGUAAGACCUUCGUGGUAUGAGCCGUUUUCUGCUAGGUAUAUAUUGUUCAAUUUUUUUACGUAUGCAUUGUUAUAUAAUUUUUGGUUUUUGUUAUAUCAUUCAGCAAAGAAUCACUGCCUUCUAUUGGACAUAGAACGUGCCGAUCUGGAAUUACAAUGGAUAAUAAGUUCCGGUGGUUUUACUUCGCGUUUAGAUAGAGUCUCGUAUAUACGACACUUUCUUCAACAGAGCUUAAAGAUCUUGCUUGAGACUGAUAUCAAAUUCUGCCAGGCGGAAAACGUUGAGCAACACUUUUGGAAGAUAUUGUUUUAUAAUCUGAUCGAGAUGCUGCGAAAAGUAAUGCCUAAAGAAAACUCGGAAGGACGAGAACGUUACAAGCAAAUAAUGUUAAAUAUCAUUGAUGAGGGUACCACUUAUCUAGAAAGUUUACUGGCUACUCUUGAGACUACGUAUCAGUUUAAAUUAGAAGCGUUUCUUGCGUCAUUGAGUCUACCUAAAGGUCUUGGACUCUUGGGUCUGGCCUUAGUUAGCGCUCAAAAAAUAUUUUUAUUUUUGGGAGACUUAGCAAGGUACAAGGAGCAAGCAAACGAAACGAGCAAUUAUGGAAAAUCUAGGCAGUGGUACUUGAAAGCACAGCAAAUUAAUCCUAAAAAUGGCAGACCUUAUAAUCAACUUGCCUUACUGGCACACUAUGCAAGACGAAAGUUAGAUGCCGUAUAUUAUUAUAUGCGAUCUCUUAUGGCGUCCAAUCCUUUCCAUUCUGCCAGAGAAAGUUUGAUAGGGCUUUUCGACGAAAAUAGAAAAAAGUAUCUACAUUAUUACGAGUCUAUCGAACGUAAACGGAAGGAAGAAAGGGAGUCGAAGGAGCGGGCGAGGAUGAAGGAAAAGGAAGGUGCAAACAUCAUCGGUGGUGGACUGAGGAGAGAAACAUGGAUUCAUCCAGGUGACGGUAGGCGGGUACGACGUACAACGAGCGCGACCAACGAAGCGAGAUUGUCCCACGCAAGCGACUUAGAGGAGUUAUCGCAAUUAACGAGUGUCGAGGUGAACAAGCGGUUUGUCACUUCAUACCUUCAUGUUCACGGAAAGCUUAUCACCAAGAUAGGGAUGGAGACUUUUCAAGAAGCUGGUGUUCAAAUGCUAAAGGAAUUCAGAGCUUUGUUGCAGCACUCGCCACUACCGCUUCCUGGUACUCGUUUACUUCAGCUCUUGGCGCUGAACAUGUUCGCGAUUGAGACCACGCAGCUGAAGGAUUCUCAAAUGGAACAAGGCUACAGAUCAGAGGUCCAAGAACGAGCACUCGUCGUAUCACUGCAGAUGUUUAGCUUGAUCUUGGAACGUGGUGUAUACCUACUGAAAGCUCAGCUAGACAGCGAGCAGGAACCGAGGCUGGUGGUCGGCGAGGAUCUCCAAGUGCUUCUACCAGCUAUUAAGAUCUGGUGCGAUUGGAUGCUCUGCCAUAGCACCGUUUGGAAUCCUCCGCCGUCUUGCACGGAUUACAGAGUCGGACCACCAGGAGAUGCGUGGAGUAGAUUAGCGACGAUGGUUAAUCUUCUAGAGAAAUUAAAUUACUCCAGGACGACUCUAAUUCAAGGCAAGGAUACGGAGGAUCGCGAGGAAGACUUGGAACUCGUAAAACUACCGGAAGAUAUCACGUUGGCUGGGUUCACUCCUCUCAUGUUGAAUCCUCAAGAUCCUUGCUACGUGGAGAAAACGGAAGAUAUGGAAGUGGCUCAGAUGUGCCUCAGGAUAAGCAAGAUUCUCUUCUUCGGUCAAGUGUUCUUGUGCGGUUUGGAGACACCGGUGCUGAAAUUGCAGAAAAGCGAGACCGGCAUCAGCGAAUAUGUUUCCGUGGUCGAGGCUUCGAGCACGAGUUCGCCGAGUUCGCCGCCGACACAGAGCGACUCGGAACUCAUGGUAGAAAGUUACAGCGAAGGAGAGGAAGAUUCGAUUUCGACGUUGAGAAGAUUACCCUCGUGUAGCAACGUGACCGACGAUACGAUGGCUCCCGUGGCGGCUGUCGAGAUAAGGUCGCUGAUCGAGAGGAAGGAGGAACUGAAGAGGCGGCAACGAAAACAAGAUCGGCAUCGACAGCGAGUACAGGCUAUUUUACAAAAGUCCUCGGUGUCGGUAGAAAUCGAGGUGAGACCGAGACAGCUGGUGCCAGACACUAACUGCUUCAUCGACUACCUGCAACAAUUGCAGAUCAUUGCAAGAGCCACUUCCGGCGCACAGCCAAUUUAUACUCUCAUGGUGCCACUCGUUGUACUAAAUGAACUCGAAGGUCUAGCUCGAGGCGCCGAUGCGAGAGAUUGUCCUCCAGCGUCGAGAGCGACACUGAAUCCUGAGCAUGUGGUGCGAGUUGCCGAGAACGCCAAGGCGGCAUUGGCCUUCGCGAGAAGUCGAAAUCCGGCGAUCCGGUGCUUAACCACGAGGGGCACCGUUCUCACAUCCAGCACUUUUACGGUAGAGGAAGAUGUCGACAAGGAUGGAUUGACGCGGAACGACGACAGGAUAUUGACUACGUGCCUCAGUCUCUGCAGAACCAACAAGGAUCAAGUAAACGCAGAGGAGGGACAGCCGAGACGUUUGAGACGGGAGGUGGUUCUGCUCACGGAUGACCGAAACCUCAGGGUGAAGGCUCUGGCCAGGGACGUGCCCGUGAGAGAAGUUCCCGAUUUCAUGCAAUGGGCUGGACUCGGCUGAGACGACAUGACGUGAUCACGACGAAACUCCGAUUCUCACUUGACGAGAAAUCUCCUGUGUUCCUGCCGCGCUAGCCCGACCAAAUGCCAAACAAGACCAAACGCAACGAGAGAAGAAGUAGAACGAGAAAAAAUGUGCUCGUCAUUGCCAACGGAUCUUCAUUAUGGAUCUCUUUCGGGGCUGAUCGACUGUGCGCACACGACUUUUUGUUAUCGUAAGUCUGUCGCAGGUUGUAUACUCAGAUUGUCUCCCGACGGUGCUCUUUUUUUUCUAAAUUUUUUAAAAAUCCAAUUACGGAGAAACCGCGAAGUGCGAUGAACAGAAGCAAGUUUUACGGAGGAAAAAGCUAAGCGCGCGCGGUCGCGUAAAAUUGCGAAUGAAGUACGGUACGAAUGAUGGAGAAAGAAACAGGCCGGAGCCUGUCGCUUGCCGUUUCGCUUGUCGGAAACGCGAGCUAUUCGAAGGCUCCUCGAGAAUGAGCGUGACACUACCUACCUUGUACCCCUAACUGUUCCGUGUAUCUCGAACGUGCAGAGAUAUAAAAAUUCCGAAGAGAGUCUUUUCAUACGGGGGACCGUAUAACGGAGCGGUCCGAAAGACACGUUGAAUCCAGAACGUUCACAGCCAUGGCAUACACCGAAGUAAAAUCGAGAAACAACCGACAGGGACGUGAUUGUUUCGAAGAAAA